CAGAGCAGUAUUGAAUGUUGCACUAAACAUUUAUUACCUGACCACUCUCGGUGUCUUCUUCUUCUUUUAAUAUAAAUAAACAACAUUGAAAAUAGUUUUUCUACCUCAAUUGAUAAGCCAUGGCGGGAAACUUCUGGCAGAGCUCGCAUUAUCUGCAGUGGGUCCUAGACAAGCAGGACCUCAUGAAGGAGCGUCAGAAAGAUAUGAAGUUCAUGACAGAAGAGGAGUACUGGAAACUUCAGAUCUUCUUUGCUAAUGUGAUCCAGGCCCUGGGGGAACACCUGAAACUUCGCCAGCAGGUCAUUGCUACAGCGACCGUCUACUUCAAACGUUUCUAUGCCAGGUACUCCCUGAAGAGUAUCGACCCAGUCCUGAUGGCUCCUACAUGUGUGUUCCUAGCCUCUAAAGUGGAGGAAUUUGGUGUUGUUUCAAACACUCGUCUGAUCUCCGCUGCUACAUCUGUGCUAAAAACAAGAUUCUCCUAUGCAUUCCCAAAAGAGUUCCCUUACAGAAUGAACCAUAUAUUAGAAUGCGAGUUCUACCUCCUGGAGCUUAUGGACUGCUGCUUGAUCGUCUACCACCCCUAUCGACCCCUGCUGCAGUAUGUGCAGGACAUGGGGCAGGAGGACAUGCUGCUCCCGUUGGCCUGGCGAAUCGUGAACGACACGUACCGGACGGACCUCUGCCUGCUCUACCCCCCCUUCAUGAUUGCUCUAGCAUGUCUACACGUGGCCUGUGUGGUCCAGCAGAAGGACGCCAGGCAGUGGUUCGCCGAACUCUCCGUCGACAUGGAGAAGAUCCUGGAGAUCAUCCGGGUCAUCCUAAAGCUGUAUGACCAGUGGAAGAACUUUGACGACAGGAAGGAGAUGGCGGCGGUGCUCAACAAGAUGCCCAAACCCAAACCUCCUCCCAACAGUGACAAUGACCAGAGCUCCAACGGGAACCAGAACAACUCCUACAGCCAGUCGUAGGAUAUGGGAUGGCAUCCAUGGAGGUGGGGGGGGAUGAGACUUAACGUUGCACAAUACCAGGCUGUGACAAAAGAGAUGAACCACAUGCAUUUCAAGAGACUGAAGAGUGACAGAAACAGGGGGCACCCCACAAAGCCCAAACCCCCAUGUUCCAUAGGGUCUAGAGGUUCAUCCCAAUCCGAAGACCCAGUCUGCCUCUGCCAUGGUCUACUCAUCAGGAAGAUGGCCAAAGGAGUGCUGGAGUCAGCCAAUUGCAGACGGCAGCCGUGCGUUUCCAAGAUGCUCCUUCUGUUAACCGUUAAACCAAACUGAGAUGUGAGGGUGGUGUGUGUGUGUGGGGUGGGGUGGGGGGGGGGGGUUUGAUGAUCCUGACUUCCUUGAACACCACUCAAAGAGCAGUCACAUAAUGUGGAGCUCCUUGGGACCAGAGAACUUGAUCAGGUGGGUGGGUGCGCGCGCGUGUGUGUGUGUGCGCGCGUGUGUGUGCGUGUGUGGACCAUUUGCCAGUGUCUUCAUUCCUCAGGGAGAAGAGUAGUCUUUUCUACUGUUAUCUGUAAGAUGAAUGGACCCUGUACUAUUUGAUUGUGACCCGAUUGGAUGUCCUGCUGUCUAAGGUGUACAUUGAUUGGUUGCAUAGAUUAGCAGGCGUUGUUGUGGUGGAGAAUGUAAUUCAGAUGUUUACUGUUAUAUUUCUCCUGCCCAUCUCCAGCCUUUGUAAAUAGCCUUACUCUGACUUUGUCUUUGUUGUUUUGCUUAGUUAAUCUUGGAUAGAAAUAAUGACCUUUUUUAGCGGUCUGCUUACAGUAAAAUGUCUUUACUAUCAUGAUAGAACAUUUUUCCUUAUUCUGCUUUUUUUUUUUUUUAUUGAGGAUAUUGUUUAAGGACCACAUUUGUAACGGAGAGGACGGUUGUAUUUUAGAUGUGUAUUCUUAAUUGCAUAUCACUCCAACACAACAGUCCAAAAAAAAAA